CCUGUGGCCGAGACUGCGGGCGGCGGCGGAAGAUGGCUGCGGCUGAGGCUACCGACACCCAGCUGAUGCUCGGAGUCGGGCUGAUCGAAAAGGACACAAAUGGAGAAGUUCUGUGGGUAUGGUGCUAUCCUUCCACGACAGCUGGGUUAAGGAAUCUGCUGCUCAGAAAAUGCUGCCUUACCGAUGAAAGCAAACUUCUUCAUCCCUUUGUCUUUGGUCAGUACAGAAGAACAUGGUUUUAUAUCACAACAACUGAAGUUCCAGAUUUUUCUGUCUUACAAAAGGUGACUCAUUUUUCUAUUGUUCUGACCGCCAAAGAUUUUAACCCAGAGAAAUAUGCUGCCUUCACUAGGAUAUUGUGUAGAAUGUAUGUGAAACAUGGGAGCCCAGUUAAAAUGAUGGAGAGUUACAUUGCAGUUCUCACCAAGGGGAUAUGCCAGAGUGAAGAAAAUGGGUCAUUCCUUAGUAAGGACUUUGAUGUUCGAAAGGCAUAUCUUGCAGGUUCCAUCAAAGACAUAGUAUCUCAAUUUGGAAUGGAAACUGUUAUAUUACACACUGCACUGAUGCUAAAAAAACGAAUUGUCGUCUAUCACCCUAAAAUAGAAGCUGUCCAGGAGUUUACCAGGACUUUGCCUGCCUUGGUGUGGCAUCGACAAGACUGGACUAUCCUGCAUUCCUACGUGCACCUCAGUGCCGAUGAGCUGGAAGCCCUGCAGAUGUGCCCAGGUUACAUUGCCGGCUUUGUAGACUUGGAGGUGAGCAAUAGACCAGAUCUUUAUGAUGUGUUUGUGAAUCUGGCUGAUAGUGAGAUCAGCAUCGCUCCACUUGCAAAAGAGGCCAUGAUGAUGGGCAAACUGCACAAAGAAAUUGGCCAGCUCAUUGUUCAGUCUGCAGAAGACCCAGAAAAGUCAGAUGGCCAGGUUAUCCAGGAUAUUGCUCUAAAAACAAAAGAAAUCUUCACCAACCUAGCUCCAUUUUCAGAAGUCUCCAACGAUGGAGGAAAGAGAGUCCUCAAUUUUGAGGCACUAAAGCAGAAACGAUUUCCACCAGCAACAGAAAACUAUCUAUACCAUCUAGCAGCAGCUGAGCAAAUGCUGAAAAUCUGACUGUGAGCCAGACUGUCUGGUCAUCUGAUGUAAAGCUUUCCUUUCAUUCUGAUUUUCCAUUAACGAUGUAAAUUACUGAAGAUUACAGAGGAAAUGUUCUAUUUUUAGCAAUUUAUUUGAAAGUAUUGAGAUCUAACCCCAAAAGCCCUGAAAAACACUUGUGAUUUCCUCCCUGCCUGCUGUCCAUGUGGGAGUGUUGUUUCUACUACAUCUGGUGUGAGCCAGCGUCGUCUUGGAGUGAGGGAAGAGCAGAUCCUGCAUAGGCAAAAGCCUCAGUACACAUUCCCUUUUGCCUCCUCAUGUAGCCAUAAACUAACAUUAAUUUUUCAGAAAGCUGCCUGAAGUUUUGCUUUGUAUUCUUCGAGGAAGAACUGUAAUGCCUCAUGAGGAACUCUACUUUCUGAGCCAAACUGCUAAGUUUUCUGCAGAACUGUCUAGAUCAUCCAAGAGGCUCUGCAGUUGCACCUUCUUGUAAAAGAUUUUUUUUCUUGGCCUUUGAACGUUUUGCCUAUAUUAUGAGGGUUUUGCAUAGAUUUUAUACUUCAGUAGACUUUAAUAAUCCAUAUUUAUACUGCACUGAUGUAAGCAUUUGGCAGAUUUAAGUCAGCACUCUAAAUUUAAUCCUGCUGUGGCAACAUUUAGGAAAGAAAUCAGUCCUUGUCUGGUAGCAUACAUAGAACGCCCUUUCAGCAUGAAUCUCUGGGCCUGAAACAAAGCCUUCAUGUGAUUGGUAAGGUAGUGACUCAGUUUUUUGCAGGGCCCAUGGCCAGAGAAUGUGAACAUCUUCAAAGGCUUCAGUAAAAGUAGUCUGUACCUUUUUCAUAGUUGAAGACCUUACAUUUGCCAAAUAAGCACAGGUCUAAAGUAUAUACUCAUUUCAUUAUGUCUACUCAUAUCGAUUAGGAAAGGUUACACUCAGUACUGUUGUCCUUUGGCAUCUUACUUGGAAACAUGUUUGCAAAAAAAUUGUAGUGGAUUUUUUUUUCUUGUUCUUAGACACUCCUUAAGUAAAAAUUAAAAAACAAAGAACAAAAAAACCCCAGGUUUUCCCCUCCUUCCUUGGGUGGGGACAGUGAGGACCUGGAAUGAGAUGAUGUUUACUGAGGCCAACAAGUGAGAAUUAAAUUUGCACUUUGUGACAAACAA